AUAUAAAAAGUGAUUACUCGUGGAAGACACAGACUCCAACCUGGUGCUUAUAAUGAAGAGGGCAAUUGUGGGGGCUUGCAUCUUGUUCACUGUGUGGGUCACAACAGGGAACACGUCAUCAAAAUACGAGUAUUUAGAUGUGGAUGACCUCCUGUCCAAUCACCGAACUUUGCGCAGUUACAUCAACUGCAUUUUGGACAAGGGGCCUUGUAACCCGGAAGGAAGAGAUUUGAAGGAGAAUAUUCCGCGCGCUUUGAAGAACGCCUGCGCAGACUGCAGCAACUCGCACAAAUAUUUCAUAAGGAAGGCAGCGCUGUACUUAAUGAAGAACAGACCAAGUGACUGGCAAGAAAUCGCCAGAAAGUACAACCCUACUGGAGUGUAUCGCGAAUCCUUCUACAGAUUCCUGGCUGAAGCUGAUCUACUGAACUGACUGUUCAUUGUGCCAUUGUGAUGCUUAUAAAUUUCGCUAUGCAAGGUACUUCUCUGAGAAUUGAACAUAGGUUCAUUUUGUGUCGGACUGCAGAGGGCGGGGUAGGCACAAUACUCCGCCCGCUGCAACCUGUCCUGGGACAGCAGAAUUCAGUAGGCAUCCUAGCGCCCAGUUUCUGUAAGAGACACAAGAAUAAUAGUCUCACAUACGCGCCUCAGUCUCGUAAGUAAUAACUUCCUUUCAAGUUUGCGACAGAAACGUAGGAUUUUCUCAUCUCGUUCAAGCCCUCAUUUCAUCAAAUUAGAAA